UCUAAUCCAAUAUAGAGGCAUUGCUUUUCAUUGAAUCUUCUGUGUUCUUCAUUCUUAACCGUCUUUCAUUUCCCUUAUACACUCCUGUCAAUCUGUACAAUUGCUUGGAACCCUUGAUUUGGAUUCAAUAACCAGUAUUGAUCCACAAAUAUGGAGGCACACAUGCAGAAAUUCUUGGAGAAGUUUCAACAUCUUAAAAUCCAACUGGAAGAGAUAACAACAGCCACCAACAACUUCAACGAUGAUAACUGUAUUGGAGUUGGUGGUUUUGGUAAAGUUUACAAAGGAGAAGUGUCUCACUCUAAGGGCAGAGGCAUGGUCGCUAUUAAGCGUUUGGAUCAUGCCAGUCGACAAGGAGCACCUGAGUUCUUGAAAGAGAUAACCAUGCUUUCUGAUUAUAAGCAUGAAAAUGUUAUCUCACUUGUGGGAUUCUGUUGUGAAGGGGGUGAGAUGAUCCUGGUGUACGAGCUUGCAUCUCGUGGGAGCCUUGACCGCUAUUUAAAUUCCCCUCAUCUCACUUGGAGUCAACGUUUAAAGAUAUGCCUUGAUGCUGCGAAGGGACUAAGGUACCUUCAUGAUCCGAGGGAGACACACCGAAGACUUAUCCAUUGUGAUGUAAAAAGUGGUAACAUCCUUCUCGACGACCAAUGGAACGCUAAAGUUGCUGAUGUCGGGCUAUCAAUAAUAGGGUCAGCUAAUGAGCAGCACUCACUUAUUGUCACUGCCGCAGCAGGUACCGUGGGGUAUAUUGAUCCAGUAUACUGGAUGACGAACACCCUAACUAAAGAGUCAGACGUAUACUCUUUCGGAGUGGUCUUAUUAGAAGUUUUAUGUGGGAGGUUAUGUUAUACACUUGAUAACAAGGGUCAUGUGGUUAAGGAGAUUCUCACAUGGAUUAAGAGCUAUGAACAAAACAUGUUAAAUGAUCUAAUUUUUGAAAAUCCAAACAUUGAACCAAUGCAUCAAAGUGUUAUAAAAAGAUUUUCAGGCAUUGCAUAUCAAUGUUUGAAGGAAUCUCGUGAAGAUCGGCCAGAGAUGUCUGAAAUUGUCACAGAACUUGAGAUUACCCAUAAUAAUUACGAAUUAUUCCAAAAUGAAGAGUUUAUAGGUAAAUGGAACGAACAGCUUCAUGAGUUCCAACAGAUGGUUAAGACUGCAGAACCUCCUCUGAACUACAAAUCCGAAGAUGAAUUGAUGUUCCUUAUGUCCAAAGGGGUCCUGCUUAAUGGCGGCAAAACGUGGUUUUGGUUAAAUAAGAAGGGAGAACAAUGUGAGAUGACAUCUAUUGCAGAAUGUUUGGGUUCAGAUGCAGAGAGUUAUCUAUUCUCGUCUAAAUAUAAUUCAAGAUUUGCUGUGGGCACCUACACACUUUACCCUAGUGAUGUCAAAUAUACACAAGUAAGAAGUCAGUUCUUGUCACCAGGAAUCACAUACACGGUGAACCUUGUGUUCAAGUUUAAGAUUAGAAAGGAGAGAAGAUGUGAACCUAUAUCCCUCAAAUACAGAUUACAAGGGGAGAGUGAGAGUUUAAUUUCAUACCUUGCGUAUGAGAGAGAAGAUGGAUGGUGGGCAUGUGAAUUGUAUCAGCUUACUACCGACCACAGAACAGUUGAUCUUCAGAUUAUGUUUGAGGGCUUCGAUAGAUAUUAUGACAACAUAUUUUUAGAAGGCAUUGAAUUUCAGCCCUUGGAGAACGUGGAACAUAUAGAUGACAAGCAACUCAUAUCAGAUUCAGAUUCAGAUGCAAAUUGGGAAGAAAAACUGCCAGUUGAUUAUGAAGACAUAAUGAAAAGGUCAAAAAAUACCCUGCAAUGGACAACCAAGGAGGAAGCCUACUCAAUUAUUUGCAAAGGCUUCUUAAUCAGUGAUGAAGAGACGAAGAUAGGCAUUUGGUUUUCUCUUGACAAAAAUGGGAAGAAAUGUCAUAUGCUUUCAGCGGCUCUCAUAUGGGAUUGGGAAAAAAAAGUGUUAUCACCUGAAUCAAGAUUUGGAGAAGCCAUUCGGUGGGUGUAUGAUAGGUAUUUUAAGAUCAAAACAGAAGUCCAGUCCCAACUAGUAUCAUCUGAAACAACAUAUGCAUGUUACCUUGUCUACAAAUUACCAAAAAACCAAUCUAGAUUUGAGGCACCUGUGGCAGUGGAAGACAAACUAUGUGAAACCAGAGAUACUAAUUGGUAUAUCUAUUUAACUAGUCCUCAAAUCCCAGUUAUUAGACCAAAGACUGGUCAAAACACCCACAACCCACUCAAUAGACCGAAAAUAAAAAGCCUUCCACAACAAAGGAACAAUGGAUGGAUUGAAGUGCAAAUCUGGGAAUUGCGAGCUGCUACUACAAUCAAAAUGGAACUUGAGUUGAGUUUUGUUGACAGGAGGAACAUUGGUGGACUUAUUAUUGAAGGCAUUGAGUUUAGACCAAUAUAGAUUUUCCUUUUCUUAUGAUGGAAGAAUUUAAUUGUAAACACAAAAAAUGUUUUCUAUUUUCUAUUUCAAUGGAAGUGAAUUAUGUUUCCUAUUUC